AUUAUCUUUUAAGCCUCAGUGAUUAAUAGUCGACAUUUCACAUCAAUUAUUUCCCCAGUAAAUAAUUAACUUUUGAACUGGCUUUGUAUCAUAAAAACAAACAUCUUAAUCUUAUCGUUAGCAAUCAGCAUACUUUGCUAUAUUUCUGAUAGUCAACUUUAGUUGCUCCAUCUGCUUCGAUAAUCCUGCCCGGAUCUCGGGUUGAGCUUUCCAGUAUUUUGCCGAAAAUCAACCGGAAAUGAUCAAAUGUUUGUGCGGCCGCAGCGAAAGCUACACAAUCACAAAACCAGGCUCAGUGCAUUCAAUAAUCGGAAAUGGCCGUGCUUCUUCGAAACCAAUUGUACGACCAAUAACGCCUCCUUUGGUCGAUCCGGCUCCAAAAGACCAGCGGGACAACGAUGAAGCUUUAGCAACCGAUUUGCCGCCGCCAGCGGCGGAACCUGGUGCAGAUGAACCCGCAGGUUCAAACCAUGAGGGAACGGUAACACACACAAAAGGUCCAGCACCCAACCCAACAGCAGCAAAUCCAGAUAAGGAAUUGGGGAGUAGUUUAGGGAAUCCGGUAGGGGCUACUCAAAGCAAACGCACUAAACAUCGGGCACCUGAACCAGAUACAGAUAAAAAACCAAAUCCUCCAAGUGAAAAUUCUGAGCAGGAUCCCGAGUUGCUCCAUCCAGACGGCUUAACGGGUUUACCGGAUGGUAGGAAAGUUAGCGUCAAAGAUCCACCCGAAGAAGAACAUAAUCAGAGCGUAAGAAGACCGGGAGUGCAAGCGAGCGUUCCUUCGGAUGCGGAAGUUGCUUCCAACGAGAACUUGCCCUCAUAUCCCAAAAGUGCCCAGGAUGCGGAUCAGAUUAAAAAAGCCAUAGAAACGAACGAAUUCCUCAGCCGUUUGUUCUAUGGGAAUCGGCUGCAAGACAUCAUCAACGGCAUGCAGCUGAGGUCGGUUCCAGCAAAGAAAACCCUGAUAAAACAAGGCGACAAAGGCUCGGAAAUGUUCGUCUCCAAGCAGGGCAAGUUCCGAGUUCUCAUUAAGGGCAAAACAGUCGACGAGUUCAGCGAGCCGCGAGUUUUCGGCGAACUUGCGCUACUUUACAAUGCCAAAAGAUUAGCCACCAUUCAAGCCCUUAGCGAAGGGCAGGUUUGGGUGCUGGAUCGCGUGGCUUUCCAGAGGAUCGUCAUCCGGUUCGACCGGAAGGAGCAGGACCAGUACUUGCAGUUUUUGCGCAAUGUUGAGUCUUUGCAGACCGUGGAUGAGGACGUGUUGUUGCAGGUCUCCAAACUGUUCAAAAAGGAAAUUUUUCCUGCUGGUACCGUCAUUGUGCGCCAAGGCGAUAAAGGGGAUAAGUUUUACGUUAUACGUGCAGGCACGGUAACCAUCACGAAAAAUGGCACAGUAUUGGGAAAGCUGGGGAAAGACAAGUGUUUUGGUGAAAUGGCUCUACAGAAGGAGGACACGAGGCAAGCAACCGUAACAGCCGAAUCUCCAGUGGUGGAGUGUCUGACGCUGACUAGAAAAAAUUUCAUCGACCAUUUCGGCGAUGUUCAAAUUCCCACCAUCCAAGUGAAAACGCCCAGUCUGAAAGACGUUCCCUCGGAGUACCAGGAUAUGGUGCUUGACGAUUUGAAGAUAAUCCGCACUUUAGGAGUGGGCGGGUUCGGUAGGGUGGAACUAGUCCAGCAUAAAAAGCGCAAAAGUCUAGUCUUCGCCUUGAAGUACCAAAAGAAGAUAGAUAUCGUCUACCAGAACCUGCAGGAGCACGUUCAUAACGAGAAGAUUAUCCAGAUGAAUUGUAACUCGCCGUUUGUAGUCCGAAUGCAUCGCACCUUCAGAGAUAACAAAUAUGUGUACUUCUUAAUGGAAGCCUGCUUGGGAGGCGACUUGUUCACGCUUUUGCACAAUCAGAAGCCGAAACGGUUCGACCAGGACAACGCGCGUUUCCUAUCGGCUUGCGUUCUUGAAGCUCUCGAACACCUUCACAGUAAAGGCGUGGUGUUCCGAGACUUGAAACCGGAGAAUCUGAUGGUGGACCUGACCGGCUACUUAAAAUUGACCGAUUUUGGAUUCGCAAAAAAAAUGCCGAACAGAGGAAAAACCUACACAUUCGCCGGGACGCCUGAGUAUGUGGCGCCGGAAAUUGUGCUCAACCGAGGCCAUGAUAGGGCUGUGGAUUACUGGGCUUUCGGCGUGAUUCUCUUCGAGCUCUUAACUGGGAAAACUCCAUUUUGCACAAACGAUGGGACCAACAUGCGAACAUACAACAAAAUCCUGAACGGCAUCGAUAACAUUACGUUUCCCUCUUAUGUUAGCUUGAAAGCGAAGAAUUUGAUCGAGAAACUGUGCAGACCAAUGGCAACAGACCGGAUUGGCAUGCAAAAAGGUGGCUUUGCCGAUAUAAAAAAUCACAAGUUUUAUCAAGGAUUUGAUUGGGAGAAAUUCCGUCAGCAUCAGAUUCCCUCCCCGUAUAAGAUGAAAGCGAGGGAUUUGACCGAUAAGAGCAACUGUGACGUGUUCAAACAGGAUAAAACAUAUCCUCCCGACGAGACCUCCGGAUGGGAUAACGACUUUUAAGGACACUUGAUCAAGGGUCGCAACUUCAACCCUAACUAAGUUUCUAAUAUAUGUAAUUUCUCUUCAAAUACUUAGUCGACCUUGGAAUAAACCCGAGCAGACUGCACAGACCGACAACUAAGCAUAGGUGCCUUCGGCAUCCAACAGAUCCAUUAAGUUAUUACCGACAAAACGUUUUUAAGUUUAUAUCAUCAAUAAAAUUAUUAAACUUG